AUGGCGAGAGAGGGGAUAAGCGAUGACGAAAACACCGAGUCAAUGUCAGGUUCCUCCUGGGAACCACAAAUUAUCAUUCAUGCAACAGCUCCAUUGAACGAAGAGAAUGUUCCCACUCGACAUCGAGAUCAACAAGUUUUGCACAAGGGCGGAGAGAAGAUCUACGUGUGUAAAUGUUGUCAGACCUAUCUCACAAAUCGAAAAGAGCUCACAUCACAUAGAUUUACAGGCUCUACUGGACCCGCGUAUCUCUUUCUCCACGCUUGGAAUAUCAUCGAGAGAGAAGCCGAUAUGAGAGAGAUGAUGACUGGCAAACAUGUGGUACGAGAUGUUGAAUGCGGGAAAUGCAAGAAUCGAUUAGGAUGGAUGUACGAAUUUGCGUAUUCAGAAGAUCAACGCUACAAAGAGAAACAGGUGAUCCUCGAAAAAUCGCUGAUAAUGACGGUGGAGGGGUUGAAUGAUCCGACGAUGUUGGAAAGAGAUGAAGAGAAGAAAGGGGACGAGGAUGAGGAUCACAUCCCGCCAAUCAAUGAGACACGAGCUAAGGUGCAAAUCUCAUCAAAAAAGAAUCGUCCUACCAACAAAGCAAAGACUUCUUUA